AUUCUCGUGGUACUUUAAAAAGCGCGCCACAUAUCCAAGGUGAGGUUUAAAAAAAAAGAUCGUUGUGUGAUUUUUUUAUUUUUUGGUUUUUACUUCUUACUUUAUUAUACCCUUGUCAACCUAACUAACAAUAAACAUCAUCAACAUCUUUAUCACCAUUAUCACCAGCACCAUCAUAACCACCAACAGUCCAACCGCCGCCACCAGCAAAGACACUAAAACCACUUGUGUUCUUGUACCAACAAAAGCAACAUCAGCACCACCAUCAUCAUCACCAUUAGAAUCAACAACAAAAUAUUAAUAAUAACAACAUCAAUCAACUAGACAAGAGAUCAAAUUUUGUAUCGUCAAGAUGCCUCAGAAACAAAGGAAAAUCGCCAUAAUGGGAUACCGAUCUGUCGGUAAAUCAUCACUGACUAUUCAAUAUGUUAAAGGACAAUUUGUUGAUUCGUAUGAUCCAACAGUAGAGAACACUUUCAGCAAGACUGUAAAAAUUAAAGGACAAGAGUAUUUUCUCAAACUGGUUGACACAGCGGGACAAGAUGAAUAUUCAAUUUUCCCUCCAGCGUAUGCGAUAGAUAACCAUGGUUAUUGUCUAGUAUAUAGCAUUAACAGUUUAAAAUCUUUCGAAGUGAUAAGAGUAAUUUAUGACAAAUUAUUGGACAUGACUGGAAAGGUGCAGGUUCCAAUAGUACUGGUUGGUAACAAAUUGGAUCUUUCCUCUGAGCGAGUUAUAGCAUUCGAAGACGGUAAAAGACUAGCUGAUUAUAUGAAAGCAGAAUUCAUGGAAAUCAGUGCCAAAUCUAAUUCAGAUGUAAAUAAUCUGUUUGCAUCUUUGUUGCAAAUGAUCGAAAGAGUUCGAAACGAUGUAACCGAUAAACCAGAGGGAAAAGCAAAGUGCGCCCUAUCCUGAAAGAGUUAUGUCUUGGUUUCUUCUCACCUCUUUUUUUCUCUCUCUCUCUUUUUCUUUUUCUUCCUCUUUCUUUCACUCUUUCUUCCUUUCUUUUUCCCUCUUUCUCUCUUUCUCUUUUCCUCUUUCCUUGUAAAUCAUUUUCUUCAUUCUUUUGUCCUUUUUUCAUUGCCAUUUCUGUACUCAUAUUAUAAAUUAACGUCGGCCAUGCCAUUUAGCAAAAAUUGGUUUAACCUGGGCGAUAUGUAAUUAACCGAUAACCAAUUCACCAAUUGUUGAUUUUGCUUGUUUGUUUCUUUUUUGCCAAUCUCUGAACAAUUUUGUACUGAUAAUGAUGAUGACGUUGAAAAGUGUUUUCUUUAAUUCUUUAAGCUCAUUUGUAUUGUGUAGAGCAAUUUAUAUAACUUAAAUGAAAACAAAUUGGAAAUUAUUUGACGGUUUAUAAAUCAAUUUUAUAUUUGAA